AUGUCAUGGGGAGGGAUCAGUCUUACCAUUAUGGUAACAAGUUUGGUGUGGAGGCGGGUAUAUAAGUCACAAAAAACCCUAACCCUAGCUAAGAGGGUGCAACCGCUAUCAUCGGAGAUCUCCAGCCGCCACCUCCAUUCUCACGAUCUACGACGCUGCUCCACCACCUCCGUUGAGGUCGCCACCGCCGCAGUCAAAGUUAAAGACCACCAGGAGCGCCAUCGUCGUCUCACCGCUGACGAAGAAGGGGGUGUCGGCUUCCACUACACAGCGGUUUACGACCAUCGGCGCUGUCACCAAGGGCUCGUCACGAUUGGGAUGCAUCCGACUAGCUCUUGCCAUCAGGAGGAAAAGGUCGUCACCGGUAAAGACCGUGAAGCGACGAAAGGAACGAUGAGGACCUCGGGAGAAGCCGGAAAGAGCUGGAAUGUGGCUGUGACAUCACGAAAACUUCCUCUUCUCCGGUUCGUUGCUGCAACGCCGCCUUAA